GAUUUCGUUUUCCAUAUUUAUCUUAAACACCAUAGUGAUUGAAUUCAAGCGAAAUUCAUUUCCAACAUUUUUCAUCAUCAUUAAAAGUCCUUAGUAACUAAAAAAAAUAAUGAAACUUUUCAUUGAAUAAAAAGAGAAACAAGAAAAAAAGGGAGAAAAGAAUAAAAAAAGAAAAAAACAUUUUCAUGAUGAUUUAUUUAACACGUUGGUCCAUGUUAUAUACAAGUCUAUACAUAUUAGUCUAUUUAAUUUAUCAAUCAAAAUUAAUAUGGACAUUAUCUAAUUCAUCUAUUUAUUCCUAUACAUAUACUACUUAUAUCCCAUCAGUAAUAUUCAAUAGUCAUGAAUUAGUAGUAAAUAAGAUUCAUCAUCAUCAUCAUCAUCAUCAUCAUCAUCCUAAACAAAUCCAGUUAAAUUGUCCAUUAAUUCAUGCCCAACAUGGUGAUUUAUUAAUGAUUUUUCAAUCAACUUUAUCUAUUCAUCAAGUGAUAUUAAAUGAGACCAAUUUAAAAGUUCAUUAUAUAUUGAAUAUUGAUCAUCGUGAUCAUAAUGAUUAUACUACUGAUUAUUGGUGUAAAUUACAUCGUACAAUGAAUAAUGAUUAUGUUAUCAUAUCAGAAAUUCAAUUAAUUCUUACAUCGAAUCUAAAUGCUAGUACUAAAGAACCAAUUCCAAAUGUUUCAACUGGAUGGAAUUUUAUGAAUGAUUAUGAAGAAACAAUACCAAUUGGUAAAUUAGCAUCGAUUGUUCAAUUAAAUGCUGAUAAUGAAUUACAAUUAACAAAUUUAUAUGAAAAUCCAAAUUCACGUGGUCGUUGUAUGAUAACAUUAGAUCAAAAAGUCACAUUAAGUUCACCAUAUUUUAAAUAUCAUGUCAUUGGAGAUAGUGUAUCACGUAAGUAAUGAAUAUUUCAUUGAAUACAUUUUCUAUAUUCAUCAUUAAAGUUUUCAUAAAUAUACAGUUUCUCAUUUCCGCAGCAAUUUGGAUAACUUUCUAGAUCUUCCGGUGAGACUCUAAUUUAAGGACGACCUUUCAACGAAUCUUAAACGAACUUGUGAAAUAUUAGCCAAUCAGCAAACAGUCAGUAUAGACUAAAAAUAUAUUAUACAAAACCAAGGAAAUAAAGUGGAUACACUUCUUAUACGUGGUUCAAAAGUUUGUCAAGGUUAGAAAGACGUUCAGAGGUUCUAAAAUUGUAAUACAGGCAGUAGAGAAAAUCAUCCAUACGGCUAAAGAAAAGUCGGCAUCCGGAGUCAUGAUAAAGUCUCAAAAACUCUUUCAGCCUCAAAUACAUAGUUUCAAUAUUGUUUGUGUGGACUCUUUUUGUUAGUCCAAAAAUGCUACUUGUGGAUAUCGACACGAUGCACAAUAACCAAGCCUAUGUAGGAGUGUGUACGCUCUCCAAACAUCCGUAUAUAUUGUAGUACCUGGCUGCAGUCAGUGUUACUGAUGCUUUUAUUAUCCAGUUCGCAAUAAUUGUCGUAAUUUGCCCUAGUUAAGAAUUAUAUAUGGGGUUUUUAUCACGAACUGACAUCAGCUAAAAUGCCAAAUGGUUGAAAGGCUUUCGCUUUAAAAUCCGAGAUCUAUUAUUUUUUACCUGAUUGAUUCGUUCACAAAUUAUAGUCCCGCCGUUUUAUUUGUUAAAGCCGCUCAGUUAAUACGUUUUGUACAAAAUUCCCUGUGAACCGAUCGUACGUUAUCAUUAAGCACUGAAGUUGGCUCCGUAACCUUGAAAUCUCUAAAACGCUUCCGAUUGGCUCGUCCAUAAAAUAGAGUCUCGUCGAUCUUCCACAUUGUAUUAGCAUUUUAUCAUCCUCGUGGCUUCCGAAGGAAUUUGGUUUCUACUAUAAGACAUCAUAAUUCUUCUAACUCUCAGGGCGGAGUUUAAAUGGUUUGAAUAAUCUUUUUCUGGUUAGCGUUUUGUUAGGGUCGCUAACCCUAUGUCUAAACCUCUUCCUUUAUCCGGGCUUGCGACCAUCAGUAGCCUUAGAAGGGCUCUAUACGGAGUUGGUUUAAUAAUAUACUCUCUCUUAAAUGUAAUUUAAUAUUCAUCCUAAAUGGGAGCAUUGUAUAUACAAUGAUGAUGAUUGUGUUCAUGAAUAAUCAUAACUAAAUAAGGAGUUAUAAGCAAAUAUAAAUAAUGAUUAGCAAUGAAAUCCAGGACGCGUGUUUCGUCCUAGUUUUGAAUCAUUAUCUGGCUGUACCUGCAUCUUAUAUUUGAUGUUCACUCCGGGACUCGAACCCAGUAUCGUUUGUUUCAAACCAUUGAAUCCUAAUAGCCACAUGCUUGUGAAUUAAGGCAAUAUACAUAGUAUACACAUAUGUCAAUAAGAGACUGAUCAAUUCCAGUCCUAAACAUCAAUAAGAAGACUCAAACAAACAAUACCAAGUGAAUUUAAAUAAGGAGUUUUUUAUUCAAGAAAUAAGUUAACCAUUGAUAACCUGAUUAUGGAUGAAUUAUAAAUCCAUUAAGACAGUUCUCUUUGUUCUCAUAAGUUCCUGUAUAUUAAUGUCGAUAGUGUAAUAAGAAGAUGAAGAUUAUCAGAAUGUAUUGUAAAGCUAUUUUAGACAAUGAUAUCUAGUAAAUUAUUAGAGAUACCUUCUUGGUAUUCUUCAAGAUUUACAAUGAGUUCAAUUGUAGGUUUUAUUUUUCUAAUUUCAAAUGUUUCUUUUACUUACUUACGCUUACUACCCUUAGAGGAAGAACAUAAGCCGCCCACAAGGAUUCUCCAUCGAGCUUUAUCCCGAGUGAUCCAUUCCAGUUGUUACCAGUGCCUAUUCAUUCUUUUCAUAUCUGCUUUCAAUUCCUGACUCAGUGUGUUCUUUGAUCUUCCUCUUUACCUUUUCCAUCCAGGGUUCGAAUGUUCCUUUUACAAGAGAGAUUAUCAUGUGGUGUGUGUCGUAGAAUAUAGUAUGAUGGAAGACUAGAUUUACUAAUAAUCGUUAAAUAAUGAAACUUCUAAAGAUUAUGUUUUCUUGCAGUUUAUCUUUAUCUUUAAGUUGAUCAUUAGUACGUAUUGGAUGAGAAGUAUCUAAGCUAUAGUUUGAUGUUCUGAUUAGAUACAAUGGGAUCUAAAUAAAACAAAGAUAAUUUAUAUAAUAAUACUAUGUGUCUAUAACCCGUUCUUUCCAGUUGGCUUUGACUUAUACUCUUUGUAUAAGGGAUACAAAUACUAGAGGGAUCCCAAAUCAAAAUAGAUAAACCACCGUUUGAACCCAUCACUUAUUUUUAGUUACCAUUAGACUACUGAGAUCAUUAUCAAUUAUCCAGAAUAAUGAAAAGUACUAAAUUAUAUCUAAUUGUAUUUUGAUUCCUGUGGAGUGAAAAUGAUUCGACAGAGAGUCUUGAUGAGCGACCUAUGCUCCUCCACGAGGACAAAGUACUAUAAUUAAAAUUGGUCUUCCAUUUCUCAACACUCCAAAAAUUCAUCCAUAUUUGUUUCUGAUCUUCUUCAUUAUUCUUUGAAUUUUUCAAGCUCAUAUACCAAUUAGUCCAUCAUAUUCAGAUAAACGUGUUCGAGUUGAAAUUAGUGGAUUAAAUGAACAAAAUCAAAUUAGUGUUACACGUGUUGGAGAUGAUGCAACAUUAAGAUGUCAAGCAAUUGUAGUAGAUACUAGUUCACCUUUAUAUCCAACACAUGGUAUACGUUAUGGAUGGGAAUGGCGUUACACUGAUGAAGAUCCAGUUUCAACUAGUAAUAUUGCAGUAAGCUUAGAAACAAAUGGUGAUCGUUUAGGAUUACGUGGUAUACGUCCACCACCUGGUACUAAAGGACGAAAUGUUAAAGGACGUUGUAUUGUUCAUGUACCAGCACAACAAAUUGAUCCUUCAUUAUCAGUUAGUGAUGAAUUGGUCUAUGGUUCAGAUUUCUUUUCAAUAGAUGUUGCAAGAAAACCAACAACUAUUGAUCCACAGUUAAUUCCGAUCCCAGGAAGAGAAUCAGAUAAUAUUGAAAUAGCUGUCGAUGGAUUGGAUAAUGAAGGUUAUUUAGUUGGCAAUGAAAAAGAAAGCGCCAGUGUUGUAUGUGAAGCUAGAAGUAAGUAGUAAAAACGGCUUUCUAUCACAUUUUACCUUAUCCAAUUCAGAUAAACACACUUCUUACACGUUUAAAGAAAUCAGCUAUGAUAAAUAUCAGAUUGAGUCAUGACUAAGAAAUUUUGAUCGGUGACCGAUAAAUCAAAAAAAGAACACACAGGUUGAGGCACUGAUUAGAAAUGUGUUGAGGAUGUUGGAUCCCUAGAACUCACUUGGAAAAGGUCCUAAUUUUGUAAUUUUCAUUCUGAAGAUUUGAAUUUUAUGUUUUUGCGCUAAGAGACGCAUAGUUAACCUAUAGCUUACGUUCCCCACUCGGAAAUCCCUGACUGUCAAUGGCUGACAGAUUUUUUUUAGUACUCUGUUUUGUGGCUCUCCCAAGGGCGUUUCUAUCAUAGUAUAAAUAAGCUUGAUUUGUGUGCUUAGUGAUCUCAUAUUUUCUGGUUGCUUGUAGAAAACAUUCUUUACGCCUCAUCAAGACUUCUUGAUCGAUCAUCUAGUUAUCAGGGCCUAGGACAACGGAUUAGAAUAGCCUAUCGUGUCACUGUAUCCUUGACCAUCGUUCCGUUUUCCAAGUAAGGUGAGCUCGUAAUAGCAUUCAAGCAUAUCAAAAUGUAGUCAGUUUCUUCUAAUAGCGCGCCUCGCUCAUAAAUUCUAACCUUGACCUUGGAAUAAGAUGUGAGUACAAGUGCGUGAUAUAAUCAAAUGAAAAUUGACAUGAUUUCACGUGAUGCUAAUAAUAGUGCUAUGUCCACUAACUUGAUACUAUUGGAACAGCCCACACUAUUAUUCAACAGUUCCGAACCCUCAAACUAGGAUAUCGAAAAACGCCAUCGAAGAGAGAAAAUUCAACUCUCAAGAGGACUUGUAUUUCCCAGGAAAUACUAUUUCAAUGUGUUAAAAUCAUACCAUGCAUAGUAUUUUACAUGCCAUAGUAAUCAACAAGUACAGAUGUGGAUUACAUGGUAUCGCUAUGUUAUUCAGGUCUUAAUAAUAUUGGUAUGUGUAAGGCUACGAUAACAAUGAUUACCGUGGUAAAGCCAAGAGAUUGCAGUAUUAUUGAUUUGGUUCAAUCCUAAUGUCUUUCAUUUUCCCCUGAUUAAUUGUCAAUAAACUCACCAUGUGAUUGGUUCGGAGUUCACACAUAAUCGAUUCUCAUUACACUGUGUUCUUAGUUGAGAUGAGUCCAAAUUUCAUUCUAUCUCAAUCUGUUCACUUAUUAUAUAUUGUAUAUUCUAAUUUAGAUCGUACCACUAAACAACGAUUAUCAACAGAAGGUUUACGAGCAGAAUAUGAUGUGAUGUAUGGAUGGGAAUUUUCUGAUGUAACUGGUCGUUCAGUAGAUUCUAGUUUAUUCGCUAAUAGUGUAUCAAUGGAUUCAUCAGGAAAUUUACGUUUAAGAGAUUUAGUUGCACCAAAUCGUGGUAAUUUACCAUUUAAAAUUAGAUGUACCGCUGUUGUUAGUAAACGACCAAGUAUACCAGAUGAAAAGCCAUCUUCACCAAAAUUAUAUACAUCAGAUUAUUUUGGAAUGGAUGUAAGACGAAGUGAUGGUACAUCAACAAGAACUGGUGAAGAAGUUGACAGUAAGUUAAUGUAUUUACUAUAUUUACCAUAGUUACCUUUAAUGAUUGAAACACUAUAAAUGUUAUCAGUGUUAUUAUGUGAAUUGAGAUAAGACAAAGAACAACAUAUAAAGGGGAUUUGGUUGAGGUAAAGGUUUACAAUAUACUAUAACUUCAAUUGUGAGCCCAAGUUAAAUACGCCUUUAUUGAUUCUAGUAUUGAUCUCGAUUGGUUCCUCUAUGUAGGAAGGACUUAAAAUAGCUUAUCUGCUUAGAUUAUUCAGAAUUCGAU